GUAUUUAUAUGAGGAUAAAAAUCGAAAGUCGGUAUUAAAGUGUGCAGAGUUAUUAGCCUGGUGAAUAAAUUUUAUUAAUCUACGACAAUAAACAAUGCCUGGACCAGGUCCACAUCACCACGGGCCUCCACCCCCAGGGUCAAAUGUUCAUGGACCUCCUUUACACCAUCAUGGACCUCCACCUCCAGGACCGAUUGUUCAUGGGCCUCCUCCUCACGGUCACAAUCCACCUCCACCCAGCCAUGGGCCUCCUCACCCUGGUGGAGUUCCCCCUCCGCCUGGACCAGUUGUUCAAGGGCCUCCAGGAUGCUAAGCAGCCUACCUUAAUCAAUUUCUGAUAAAAUAUUAUUUAAUUAUCUGUUUUUAUAAUCGACGAUGUAAUCUUUUUAUGUCUGUGUGCAAUGUAAAAUACACGCAUGUGUGGUGUACGUGUAUGAUACUGUGUAUUUACUUACUUGUUGUAUUUUUCACUUGCAAAUAAAUAAAUAUUUGUUGUUGAUAAUAAAAA